UCUGCGUCAGAUUUUCUGGAAGAUCUUACCAAUGACCUACAGGGAAGAUCGCAGUAUCCGACCAAUUUCGGGGGCUUUGGGGACAUCUGGAAGUGUGAUUUAGUGAAAGCCGGUGAGAUCGUCCAGGUUGCAGCGAAGACAAUUCGUGCUUUCGAGUCGGAUAACGAGGAAUUGAUGCGGAAGAAUGCGAAGAGAGUGCGUCGUGAGCUGAAAGUCUGGGGCCGGCUUAAACAUGAUAGCAUCCUUCCCCUAUGGGGAGUAGCAAACGACUUUGGGCCCCACCCCGCAAUGAUUUGCCCGUGGGCUGAUAAUGGAGCUCUCACAGGCUUUCUUGAGCGCCAACAAGAUGUGUUGUCAUCUCAAGAUAAGUUCUCGCUUCUGAAUGACAUUGCCCUUGGAUUACAAUACCUUCACAAUGAAUCAGUUGUCCAUGGUGAUCUGACAGGGUCAAAUGUCUUGAUUUACGGCAACGGUCGGGCAUGCCUUGCUGACUUUGGUCUCUCCACUAUCAUCCUGGAGUUCAUUGGCACCUCCUACUUUACGAGCUCCAUCCGAGGGAAUGUCCGAUGGGUAGCUGCAGAGUUAUGUGAAGCACCAGAGGAUGAUGAAGUCUUGCUCAGUACCGAGUGCGACAUAUACUCAUUUGGAAGUAUCACGCUGCAGGCUAACGUGUUGACUUGCAAGGUCCCCUACUACAACGUGAAGAAGGAUAUUGUGGUCUUGGGGCAAGUCAUCAAGGGCUUGAAACCAGAGCCUCCCAAGGAGUCGCAAAUAGCGCCCAGGCACUGGGAGUUCAUACAGCAAUGCUGGUUGCCUCGCGCAAGUCGUCCGUCGGUUGGGGAAAUUGUAGCAUUUGUUGAAUGUGAACGACAAGCUCUGCCAUCCUAG